UGCUUUCGUCAGCCAGUUGAGCAUCCAGAUCUUACAGACCAAAGAGAAAGAGAACCUUCCCAGUCUCUUUCUCUCUCUUACAAACAGAAUUAGAAAGAAAAGCAUAGAAAUGAAUUGGGUGAGAAAGAAAAGGAGAAAAUAAGAGAGACCCAGAAGAAAAGAAAAGGAAAAAUUCUUCACCAUGAGAGCUCAUCAUAAUUUGAGCUUCUUUUUGAUUCUGAUAUCAUUGUCUAUACCUUUCACUCCAAAAUGGGUUGCUGCUGCUGCUACUACUAAUAUUCUAAACUCAACCAGAAAUGGAGUCGAAACUCACAGGAGAAUUCUGCACCAACCAUUGUUCCCAGUAGGUUCAGCACCACCACCUGGAACGGACUCAAUUCCACCACCAUCACCACCGCCACCGACGGUGCCAUCAGACAGCUCAAAUGUGCCGGGCUCGGAGUACCCAUUUUUCCACGAAGGAGGACCAACCCCAGAUCAGAGUCAAACACCGCCUUCACCAUCCAAUGGAACCAUGCCAAUCCCAGUGGCAACAACGCAGCCAGCAAAGCAAACGAAAACAGUGGCAAUCGCAAUCUCAGUCGGAAUUGUCACUCUGGGAAUGCUCUCCGCACUCGCAUUCUUUCUCUACCGCCACCGUGCAAAGCACCCACGCGAGUCUCAAGCUCAAAAGCUUGUUGGUGGAAGUUCCAGAGAUAACAGCAGCGGCUCUGCCCCACCCUCGAAUUUUCUGUACAUUGGAACCGUGGAGCCGAGCCAGCAAAGAGGUUCAAUCACUGAUGGUAGCAGAGGAGAAAACAAUGGAGCUAACAGGUCACCUUAUCAUAAGCUGAAUUCGGACAAGAGAUCUGAUCUGUAUCGGCCUAGUCCUGAGUUACAACCACUUCCACCACUCACAAACCCUGUCUGCAAUGUCAAUUCCUCUUCGUCCGAUGAGGAAAGCCACGACACUGCUUUUCAUUCACCCAAUUGCUCUUCGAUCAGUUUCGAUGACAAUAGCUACUACACUCCCAGUUCGCGUCUAAGUUGUCCACCUAACAACAGCAUCAACUACUACAACAACAAUGGUUUUGCCAAAACCGACACUUAUGGUGCCAAUUCUGUUAUUCCUCAUUCCAAACGGACUUCUCCUAAAUCUCGGCUUGCGGCCCCGCGUCCAUCGCCACCGCAUGCGCCGCCUCCUUCUCCUCCUCCGUCAUCGCCGCUACCUCCUCGAGUGGUGGACUUACAACAAGUGAUUCCAAAUCCUCCAGUGAGGCCAAAAUUCUCAUCGCCACCGCCACCACCAAAUAUGGCGCGUCUUCAAUCAAUAAGCUCUGUGUCUAGACAAGUCUCUGAAGCGCCAAUUCCGCCCACUCCUCCUCCUCCACCACCGCCUCCGCCUCCUCCUCCUCCUCCACCGCAAUCAUUGCCGCAGCGGAAAGUAGGACUUCCAGAAGCAAGUGUUUCUGUUACUCCAACUCCUCCUUCUUAUGCCCAAGUUUCAAGGAAGUCAUUGUCCUGGAAUUCAAGCCCCAAACGCAAUUUUGAGAAUGAAAUAACAACACCAGCACCACAAAGUAGUAAUAAAAGUUUGAGCUCUUCUGAGAGGCUUGAUUCAGAUGAGAGGGAAGGAGCAAAACCCAAGUUGAAGCCUCUGCAUUGGGACAAAGUACGGGCAACCUCGGACAGAGCCACAGUUUGGGACCAGCUCAAAUCCAGCUCAUUUCAAUUGAAUGAGGACAUGAUGGAGACUCUUUUUGGCUGCAAUUCGGCGAAUUCAGUUCCAAAAAAAGAGGUUACUAGGAAAUCAGUGCUCCCUCCUGUUGAACUGGAAAACAGGGUGUUAGACCCAAAGAAGUCACAGAACAUAGCUAUUCUAUUAAGAGCACUCAAUGUAACAAGGGACGAGGUGUCUGAAGCUCUUUUGGAUGGUAACCCAGAAGGCUUGGGUGCUGAGCUUUUGGAAACUCUGGUAAAGAUGGCUCCAACUAAAGAGGAAGAGAUAAAACUUCGAGACUACCGUGGUGACAUCUCAAAACUAGGGUCUGCAGAGCGAUUUCUUAAGGCAGUACUUGAUAUCCCAUUUGCGUUUAAAAGAGUUGAAGCCAUGCUAUACAGAGCUAACUUUGAUACAGAAGUCAAAUACCUGAGAAAGGCUUUUCAAACCCUUGAGGAAGCAAGUGAUGAAUUAAAGAACAGUCGAUUAUUCCUUAAACUCCUUGAAGCUGUUCUCAGGACAGGAAACAGAAUGAAUGUUGGAACUAACCGUGGUGAUGCUAAGGCUUUUAAACUUGAAACACUCUUAAAACUUGUAGAUAUUAAGGGAACUGAUGGGAAGACCACAUUGCUACACUUCGUGGUCCAAGAGAUUAUUAGAUCUGAAGGCACAGGUACCGAUUCUACAAAUGAGAAUGUUCAAGAAAAAGUGCAUCAAAAGAUGGAGGACAGUUUCCAGAAGCAAGGAUUGCAGGUUGUGGCUGGGUUAAGCAGAGACCUCGGCAAUGUCAAAAAAGCAGCAGGAAUGGACUCAGAUGUCUUAAGCAGCUAUGUGUCAAAGCUUGAAAUGGGACUUGACAAAGUCAGAUUGGUUUUGCAAUAUGAGAAGCCAGAUAUGCAGGGAAAAUUCUUCAACUCAAUGAAACUAUUUCUGAAAGAGGCUGAAGAGGAAAUUAUUAGAAUCAAGGCCGAUGAAAAAAAGGCUUUAUACCUUGUGAAAGAGGUCACAGAAUAUUUCCAUGGGGAUACAGCAAAGGAGGAAGCCCAUCCUUUCAGAAUCUUCAUGAUUGUAAGAGAUUUUCUAGGCAUACUAGAUCAAGUGUGCAAGGAAGUGGGGAGGAUGCAGGAUAGAACAGUGGUGGGUGCUGCCAGAUCUUUCCGGAUAUCUGCAACUGCUUCACUACCAGUUCUCGAUAGGUAUAGUGCAAGACAAGAUUCAAGCUCGGAUGAGGGAAGUUUGUCUCCUUGAAGUUAUGUGAAUAUCAAGUAAUGAACCUCUUAGAAGUCCAAUCAAAUUUUAGCAGAUACUUCCACGGUUAUAGACUCAUUAUGAGCAUUCAGAGGAGUAGGAUAAUGGAGAUGUGAAAGUACUUCAGAAGGAAUCGGUUAUUGUCAAGAAAAUCCCGGUCCAUGGAUAGAGGUACCACUCAAUUAACAAGGUGAGGCUUGUAAGAGAAGAACAAGGUUUUGUGUAUGAGAUCACAAAUGCAUAAAAAGUCAAAUGUUGGGCAUUGAAGAUUUACUAUGAUAGAAGAGCAAGCUCUAUCUGGAAGAAUAGGGCAUCAAAAGACAAAGACAUGAUAUUCCUUUCACUGAAGUGCACAGUCGAAUGAAGCAAUUCUAAAUGAAAAAAGCAAAAAAAAAUAGAUGUCUUUUUUUCCUCAAUCCAACACAUAUGCCAUAGUUAAGAUGGGUUUAUCUUCUUUUAGAUCAGAUUCCCACACAUUUUCAAGAAAUCAGAAUGUUUUGAUGUUACUUACGAUGCUUUUAUCUGCAUUUAUUGGAUCAAUUAGUAAUAAUAAUAAGUAGCAGUUUCUUUUUUCA